AUGGCUCUCAUCCUCCCCUACCGACUAAGAGAACCAGGCGCUCUUCUCAAGCUGUUCUUAGGGGCGGAGGCAGUAGAGUGUAACGGGGCUUGUUUGGUUGUCAUCACCUCAAGCUCUCUUCCUCUUUCAUGUGGCCAGGUUAUGCUUUCGUCAUGUUCCUUGGACUAUAUUCAGAUGUCUUUGGUUGGCAGGUCUCUCGCGCUUAUUGGAAUGACUUCUUUAAUGUCUAUUCCUCCGUUGAAUCUGGUUGAUUUCUCCUUUAUGGAAUAUGUCUUUCCAGUGGCGGAUCUAGAAAAUGAAUAUGGGUAG